CUCUCUCUCUCUCUCUCUCUCUCUCUGAUUUUGUAGAAACGCAGAAACUUUCACAAUCAUAUGAUGCUAUAUAAAUCCGUAGCUAUAAUUUUCCAUUGGUAACGUCUGGUGUUUUGCGCACACACUUUGGAAAACACAUCAUGAAGAUGGUUCUCUCUGCCUUCACUCUGUUGGUGCACAUUGCUCUGCUUUCAAGACUCUGUUUUGGUGGCGACCCAACGGUUUACACUGAACUUCGCGUCUCCUACACCACUGUUUCCCCUCUGGGUGUUCCUCAACAGGUCAUAGCUAUCGACGGGAAGUUUCCCGGACCUCUCAUCAAUGUUACAACCAAUAACCAUGUAAUUGUGAAUGUGUACAAUGGAUUGGAUGAAGAACUUCUGAUGACAUGGCCGGGGGUUCAAAUGCGGCGAAAUUCAUGGCAAGAUGGAGUCCUUGGCACAAAUUGUCCAAUUCCUUCCAAAUGGAAUUGGACGUACCAAUUCCAAGUCAAGGAUCAAAUUGGAAGUUUCUUUUACUUCCCUUCUCUUAAUUUCCAAAGAGCCUCUGGUGGCUUUGGUCCCUUUGUUAUCAAUAAUAGGGAAGUCAUCCCAAUUCCUUUUGCACAGCCAGAUGGAGAUAUUUUCAUUAUCAUUGGUGAUUGGUAUACUCAGAACCACACGGCCCUUAGAGCAACACUUGAUGGUGGAAAAGACCUAGGGAUACCAGAUGGUGUUCUCAUUAAUGGGAAGGGACCCUUCCAGUACAACACUACUCUUGUUCCUAGUGGUAUUGAUUAUGAAAAAAUCACAGUUGAUCCAGGCAAGACUUACCGAAUUCGUGUCCACAAUGUGGGGAUCUCAACUUCUUUGAAUUUCCGAAUUCAAAAUCAUAAUCUACUGUUGGUGGAGACAGAGGGGCAUUACACAACUCAAUCAAAUUUUACCAAUUUCGAUAUUCAUGCUGGCCAGUCUUACUCUUUUCUGCUUUCUACUGACCAGAAUGCAAGUACGGACUACUAUAUUGUUGCGAGUGCCAGGUUUGUGAAUGAGUCUUUGUGGCAGAAAGUUACUGGUGUUGCAAUUUUACACUAUUCAAAUUCCAAGGGUCCAGCAAGCGGUCCUCUGCCUCCCCCACCAGAUGAUUUUUAUGACAAGACUGCUUCGAUGAACCAAGCAAGAAGUGUCAGGCAAAAUACAUCUGCCAGUGGUGCUCGUCCAAACCCUCAAGGAUCCUUUCGGUAUGGCUCCAUCAAUAUAACUGAUACUUAUGUGUUAAAGGUUACGUCACUGGUGCCGAUUAAUGGUACAAAUCGGGCAGCUAUUAAUGGAAUCUCAUUUCUCAAGCCUGACCUUCCAUUCCGGCUUGCUGACAAAAAUGACUUAAGAGGAAUAUAUAAACUUGAUUUUCCCAGCAAGCCAAUGAACAGAACACCAAAAAUUGACAGAUCAAUUAUCAAUGCUACGUACAAGGGCUUCAUUGAGGUUAUAUUGCAAAACAAUGACUCCUCUAUUCAAAACUUUCAUCUGGAUGGCUACUCCUUUUUUGUAGUUGGGAUGGACUACGGUGAUUGGACAGACAAUUCUAGAGGUUCUUAUAACAAGUGGGAUGCAAUAUCUCGCUGCACAACUCAGGUUUUUCCUGGAGGAUGGACAGCGAUCCUGAUAUCCCUUGACAACGUUGGAUCAUGGAACCUGAGAGCAGAAAACCUGGACAGGUGGUACCUAGGCCAAGAAACCUAUCUUAGGAUAAUCAAUCCAGAAGAAAAUGGUGAUACUGAGAUGGCUGCACCAGAUAAUGUUCUAUAUUGUGGUGCCCUCAAGUACAAGCAGAAGUCCAAUUCUAAAUUUUCUGCAGCUUCUACUUUGGGGCAUAGCUUGAACCUUUUCACAGUGCUUCUGGGAAUUUUUUCUGCUGUGAUUUUUCUCAUCCAAGCUAGCUAAGAUUCUGUUCUUAUGCUCUGUUGACAUUUUUAUAAUUCCCAACAUGUAGCUAUAGAAUUGUGAAAAGGAUGGAGGAUUACUAAUUUCUUGUCUAAAGAAAGUUCAAAUGUUUUUGUUUAGCUUAAGUCAUGCUUUAUACACAUUUUCUUUGUUUAGAUGGUUAUCACCAAAAGCUCAUUUCAAGGCUACUUGGAUUUUGUCA